GAUCGAGAGAGCAAGAGUGGAGGAGAGGAAAGAAGUGAAGGAGGCGGGAGCCGUCUGGGCAGAGGGGAAGGAGACGAGAGGAGGAAGUGGGAGUAGAUAUUUCACUAUGGAGGAAGGACAACGACCUACAUCUGAGAUCUACCUCCCAAGCAUCAGUCUUGGAUCUGUGGACGCUGAAACAGUGGAGGACCAUGAGCUGCCAAUUAUUUCUUUAUCCAAAAGCUCGACAGAAAUGGUGAGUGGACCUCCUCAACAAAGGGAGCUGGCAUGGUACAGUCAGAACUUGCGUAAGAGCGUAAGCAGUGCAGCAUGUACUCAAAGGCCUAUCAGUCUGGGUGGACCAUCGACGGGAGUCCCUGUGAACAUUUGUGACCAUGAACAGGGGAGCAUGUGCAGUGGCAACAGCACCCCUGAGACUGUAAUCUGGCAUGGAGGAACUGCAAGUUCCUGGAGCUUCAUGGAGGACUCACCCAGAAGGACUCAAACGCAAGAUCCACUCCUGGGGCAAAAUCAGGUCCAUAGUGGUGUGAAGUGUGUGACACACGCACCAUCCACAAAUAAGGAUUUAAGGAUGAAGGGUCUGGUGUGCAGAGAGGGAUGUUGUCGAUGUUGCGGACCUGCAGAGAACCUGACAGGAUGCAGCUGUUGCAGAGUGCCUUGUAGAAUGAGUUCUUCGCGUCUUAGCAACAACUUCACACCACAGGGAGCAAAUACAGAAGACCAUGCUCAGAGCAACUGCGAAAGCCAUCAUUUAACUGCAUGCCAUAGAUCUACCUUUUCUGGACACAUGAUAAGCACUGCCUGUUUGAGGAAUACUUGCAGUGUUGUUCCAUGCCCUGGACAUUUGAUAUCACGGCCACCUUGUGCAGGAAGCCCUUGUGCAGGACAAAGAUCACUGCUCCAUUCAGGCUUGCUCGGUUUUCCACCACUUGUGUCCUCAGUCAGCGAGACCAGACUUGACAGCCGGAGUACAGGCCAUUGCUGUGGAUCCGAGUUAAGAGGGCAGAACUCUUCUUGCCUUAGACUAGACAGAACAGGUCAGACUGGCUUUAACAGGACAGUCAAAGAUGCCACUACUAUGACAUCUGACCAUGAGCUCAGAGAUGUUGGUGUGCAGACUGUGUCUGAUUCCCUUGCUUCCCCUCUUUCUCACGUAUUACCUGAAAUUAGUUUGAGAGUGGAUCCUACCUUGGACGCACCUUUGACCAUGGAACACAUGUGUCAUAGGACCCCUGUGAAGGAGGUGGAAUGGGAUGCUGAGGGUAUGACCUGGGAGGUGUAUGGUGCAGCUGUGGACCCUGAAGAGCUUGGCCUAGCAAUCCAAAGGCAUCUGGAAGUUCAGAUCGAAGAGACUGCAGCUGCUGCAGCUGCAGCUGCGGCUGCUCAAACGGAAGACUCCACGGACAAUGUCAGCAGCCUGGCACUGCAGCCCAGGCAACGGAAGAAGAGCGAAGGCAUUAUAAGAACACUGCGCAGUUCAGCGUGUUGCUCUAACCCCAGUACUGUGGGAGACUGAAGUGAUCAGUGAAGGGCCGGAGCUUGCCUUUUCAGUAUGUGGAUGCCUAGAAAAGGUAAAACAGAAAGGUACAGGCUUUUGCUGGAAGGUGGAAAUGGAUUGAGAAUAGCCCGUGGCAUAUAUAUUUAUUUAGCUAAAGCAAAUUUUCCUUCAAAUAAUAUCUCUAAAUAUUCCAAAGCCUUGUCCGUUUAGUUGAAGCUAUUAAAGCUCCACUAUUGGAUCAGUAGAGCAGUGAUGUUUGGAGUUACAUUGCAAGCUAGCGUUGCAUUGAGCUACCAUUCAAAGUUUACAUAUAAUGGUGUGUUUCUACCUACCUUCACACAUGGCCUUGUCCCUGUCUUGACUUCCAAUUUAUCUUUUAGAUGCCCCUUUUGGCUCGAAAUACCAAAAUGAUGAUUUUGGUAAGCACUGAGUAUUAUCUUUUUUUUUUUUUUUAAAUGCUAAUUAUAGGCUAAAAAUGUCUGGUUGCACUAGUUGGAUUUUGUCAAGCAAACAACAGAUUACUGAACAUUAGCUAGGGAUACAUUAAAAUUAGUGGAACUCUUGGACACCCUGAAGGGCUCCCUGGAGCAGAUCUGAAGGCUAGUUCUAGUUAGUCUACGCGCUAGCCCUCAAAUCAUGAUGGAUUUAGAUUUCUUUGUUUUCUGUUCUGUUCUUAUCAGGCCUACUGAUGAUUAGCAAAUAUAGAUUCAAGGUCAAUGUUCCUGCACUUAUAUAGUACAUUAUGAGCUAAAACUAAGCCCCAGUCCUGGUUCUAUGCUCAGGGGCAAUCUCAAUCAAUUCAAAAAGUAAAACAUGUACACUUUGGUGCCAAAAUCUGACCUGAAAAAAAAAAGCAUAAUCUCACCACUAUUUUCAUGUCACAACUUAAUUCUGGAGGAUAUUUUGUGGUUGCA